UGGUAAACGCCAGCUAAAACGACGAUCGGUUUGUCCACUUCCAGCACUGUGCAGCCAAAAAAAGCGGGAGAGUCUUAAUUUGGACAAAGUUAAUGCGAAAUAAAGGAUUUGCGAGCGAUCAUGGAGACGCCGACGGGUAGUGGGUGCUCCACGCGUCCCGCCCGCACGGCCACCCCGCGUCUCUCGGAGCGCAAACGGCAACUGUUCGGCAGUCCGGUCUCCAGACUGCGCAAAAUCAAAGACGACGACGAGGAUGAGGACGUAGACAGUCUGGGAGUCUUGCCCUUGAAGCCCCAUGUGGCGGCCAACAAGCAGGGCGGCAGCCUCUUCGCCGAGGGUACCAGGAAAUUGAGGAGCAGCACCAGCAGCAGUCCGGAGACCAACAAGGAGAACAAGACAACCCGAGGCGGAGUUGUCGUGGCUGCCACGGCGGAGCAGCUGCCUCAUUUGUUUACCACCACCAUGCGGCUGAACAGCAAUAGCAGCAGUAACAGUCGGAACAGCAGCCCUCGGACACCCAAGAUACAAAGAAAACGGGCGGAUUCAUCGAUGUCAUCGCCCUCCUCUUGUAUGGAUUCUCCAUCCCCACGGCGGGGGCGGGCCCAUCCCAGUCCCAUGCUGGAGAUCAGGAGCAGCUGCAGGCGCAGUCCACGGUACUCCAAUGCGCAGAAGAAUCAGGAAGUGUUUUCCCCAGAAUCUUCUUGCAAAUCCUCAGGGAGAAGACAAAGCAAGGUCACCGCCAUGAGAAUGGACACGCAGAGCCCAAAAUCUUCUGUUAGGUCACGAAGGAGUAGGCACAGCCAGAGUAUAAAGACCACUGCCCAAGUACACAAUAUUAAACCCAAGAAAAAGAUCGUGGCGAGUAGCAGUAAAGUAAAAGCAGUUUCCCUUUCUGAAAAUUCCGAUACGGAGGACGAAAACAACCCAAUUAGUAAAGCCUCAAUAAACAUCGGAACCACAAGUCCAAAUUCGACACCAAGAAGAGGGCACAAUAAAACCACAUCAAAGGAAACAAUUAGUGACAGUCAAAAUACUGCCCAGAAAAUACCUAUUGUUAAAUCCAGAACAGAGAGCUUGGACAGCAACAGUAUGAUUAUAAUUUCUCCUACUGAAACGCCCUCUUUGGAUGACGAUGAAAAGCCAAUUAUUGAAACCUCAACAGUGAACCCUGAAAACAACACCAGAAGAACAAAAUCCCCAGGUGAAGUGCCUACUUUGGAUAAAGAAGAAGUGACAAAGAGCCUAGAAAGCAAGAUAAGAAACUAUCCAGUGAAAGGCUCCGACUCGGAUGAAGAGGAACCCACUCAGAAGCCCACGAAGCGAGUACAUCCAGACACUUUUUCCAUCAAGACAGCAUCCUCGGCAGAAUCCGACUCUGGUUCGCCGCAGAGUAAGAUGCGCAAGAUGACGCUAAAGAGCAGCAUUCCCACCAUGGCCUUCUAUUCCCACAGUGGAGCAGCUGCUACAAAGUCGAAGAGCACGCCCAUCACAUUUAAGAAUUUGCUACGCCGAAAGGCAAGAAGCCCGACUUCCCGCCAACAACUGGGCAUCAACAAAGGUGUCAGCCACAAAAUUCGCAAGAGCCACGGAUUGCCCAGAAGACUACCAGCCACCGAUUUGGACAACAUCCUCAACUGCCUGAGCAACGAACGGCUGAAGAACCUGAUCACCACCAAGCGGGAGGAGCGCGCCAAAGUGGAGGAGGUGCAUCAGAUCCUGCGCAGCGCCAGGGACCCAAUCAAAAUGGCCAAACCAUUAAGUGUGAUUGAAGCCGACGAUGCCAACAAUAACAACAAAAUGCCAGAGACCAUGUGGCAAGAAACCUCCGCCGACUUCUCCGACCUCAGUGAGGAUGAGGAUAAGGUUCUGUUCGACGAUCCCGUCAUAGAAUUGGAGCCCAUUAUACCACUGAUUCGGCACGAGCCGGUCCAAAAUUCGAUGCCCGCUGAACCGGCGGAUCUCAGCAAACGCAAGUUCUUCAAGUCGGGCCGGCGCAGCAGCACCUGCAUGGAGGUGAGGAUCACGGACAACAUCCGAGCCAGCGUCAGCCAAGGUAGGAUCGCCCUGGUCCAAACGCCACGCCGAAAGCCACGCACAGUGCGUGUCAAGUCGGCAACAACAUUCUCAGCAGAGCAGGCCACCGUGGAUGCAAUCCUGAAGAACCUGAACGACUCGGUGAUAGAUGAGAUUGUUGAAUCAAAACCGAUGGCGGUGAACACGCCCAUGGCUGCGGAGGACACACCCAUGGAAACGGAGCCCUUACCGGAUAUAAUUGAGUAUGCGCCGGAAACGAUAGAUGCGGAAAUUGAUCCCUUUGCUGUGUUCCGUCAGCGAUUGCCCUAUCAAACCGAUAAUCCCGAUGUCGUCGAGCAGCAGCAAAUCCUGCUGGAGUUUCUCAUUAGCAACAACAUUUGCACCGAAGAGAAUUUUGAGAUUUUCAUAGCGAAUCCGGACAACCACAAGGAGGAGGCCAAUCGGAUUGUAGACGACCUCUACAUGGUGGUCAAUAGCGAAGAGGCUGCGCAGAUGGCGCAAAUGGAAGCUCUGCCGGAACAAGUAGCAGACAGUCUGCCACAACAGGAUCCUCCAGCAGCAGAGGAUGUCCAGACCAGGCUAUUCCCCAUAUUCACGCAGCGCCUGCAGCCCGUUGUCCAGAAAUCAACGCGUCGUCGUCCGGAUACAUCCUCGAGAUUGCUUUCGGCGGCAGCGGUGGGCUCCAAUCAGUACCAGAUCGAUGCGGGACAAAAGGCCUUUGGAGCCCGGCAGUGCCAGCAGUGCGGACUGGUUUACACUGUUCACGAGCCGGAGGAGGAGCAGCUGCAUCGCGAGUACCACAACUCCAUCCAUGUGCUGCGAUUCAAGGGCUGGAUCGACGAGGACAUUGUGGCUGUUUAUCCGGAGUGGGCCAGCGAUGGUCGCAUUAUACGGAUCAACGAGCGCGCUCCACCCGCCAGACUCGAGAGACUCCGGGAUCUUAUCGGGGUGGUGGACAAGGAACUGGGCUACUCCUCGUACAUUGUGCCAAAGAUCUUUGUGGCCUUCUUGGCGGUGCGCAAGCAGCAGAUUGUGGGUUUCUGCCUGGUGCAGCCCCUGUCGCAGGCCCAUCGGUUCAUCCAAGUCGACGGCGUGGAUUACUUCAGCGAGGAGAGCUACCCGGCCAGCUGUGGCAUAUCCCGGAUUUGGGUCUCGCCCCUGCAGCGGCGCUCGGGGAUUGCCAGCAAACUGUUGCGCGUAGUCCAGUGCCACACUUUGCUCGGCCAGGAGAUCGCCAAGGAGUGCAUAGCCUUCAGCACGCCCACCGACAAUGGACGGGCUCUGGCGCGCCAGUUCACCGGGUUGGAUAACUUCCUGACCUACGACCAGUGAUCGGGGAAAACGGCUAUUGAAUAGCUGGAUUAGUUUUGAGUUAGGAUUGCUUCGGAACCUGUAAUAGUUGAUAAGCAAAUGCGGUUACGUUACGAGUGGCAAAAAGGCGCAGCAUUUCAUAGUUUUACAUUUUUGGCUAGAACAAGCCUGUUUUUUAUGCAAUAAAUUUGAUUUCUCACC